AUGCGGCCGACCUUGACUCGAUCGUUAUUGAGGGAGCUUUCGCUCUCGAUUCUGCUGGAGGACCAUUUCUUCGUGCCGAUAGCCGUACAAAUGAGCCCGACGAACCUGUCUAUUUUAUUUUUGCAUCAGACGCUGGCUUGGAACGCUUGCGGACUAUUCACGAAUGGUGUAGCGACGGAACUAUCGCCGGCAAACUUAUUUCAACUCUACACCAUCAAUGUACUUGUCGACCACUCCAGCAUUCCUAGCGCGUUUGUCCUUAUGUCUGACAAGUCGCAGGAAAGCUACACCAGAGUCUUGGACGCUCUGCAAGUAUUGGUCAUUGGAGGCCCCGCUUCUGUGAUGCUUGACUUCGAAAUCGGGAACCUACAGCUUCCAGGAAUUAUGUGGACGGCCAAAACAACCGUCCCCCCGAUGUUCCCGAUAGAUACUUGGAAUCACUUUGAAACACAACUCGACGGAGAGCUCGGACGGACGAACAAUGCACAAGAAGGCACACAUCGAGCGCUCAACCAACGGUUUCCCGGAAGUCACCCUACUCUUUCCAAGGUGAUUACGAUUCUCCAGACCGAGGAUCAAAUUGCCACCGAAAAGCUGCGGCCCCGUCUACUUGAUCCCACCAAACCUGUGGUCCUGCAUUCCCGGAAAAAGGCAUAUGUUGCCAACGACGAAGCUAUAAAUAAGCUGGUCAAUGGCUAUAACAAUUUAGCGAACCCUACUGAUGCUCAAAUCCUCGCUUACCUGUUUGCCGUUCAGUACCGCCUAGGCCAAAACAACUUUAAUCAUUGGGAUGAC